UUCUGGAAUUUGGUUGAUGAAUUGAGAGACAAUUUUGAUGAGAACGAACGUGUUGAAACGGUUCUUAAGACAUGCACUGCUGGCAUGAAUAUCCAGGGAACCAAGAGAGAUCGAGCUGAGAGAAUAAGCGCGAGUCAAGUAAUGUUGUUAUUGGAAGGAGUGAUAAAAGAUGUGGUUAGAAUGAUUUCCAAGAAUGAGCCUCCUGUCCUCUCUAUGGCCAGCCGUACCAGUUGGGAUAACAUACGGUACACUGAGGGAGUAGGAGUCCAACUUAAGAAAGAUGGCAAAACCAGUUCAAUCCGAUUCAACAGUUUAACAUCUGUUAAUAAAUUUGCUCUUACUCUGAAGGUGAUAUCCAUCAUUUACAAACUAGUUCAGACAGAUUCCUAUUGUACCAAGAGAGACUUGUACUAUCAGGACCCUCAUCUCUUCACCAAUCAAGCUGUCGUUGAUGACAUUGUGGACAACGUUUCAUGCAUGAUUCAAGUGCCAAGAUGGGACUUGCAUGUGCUUGCCACAUCCAAAGGUUGUGUCGCUGGUGACCUAAAGUAUACAGAAGCUGAUAUGAACUAUGUCGACUGCAGCCUCUCCCCAUCGGGUGUGAUGAUACCAAUGGACAUCUUUGGAAUAAAAAAUUUGCGUAGUGAUGCCAAGGCCAUUUUCGUCAUUGAGAAAGAUGCAACCUUUCAGAGAUUGCUUGAUGAUAACGUUACGAGGAAGAUUUCACCCUGUAUUUACAUUACGGGUAAAGGCUUUCCUGAUGUAAACACAAGGUUGAUGCUGAAGAGGUUAUGGGAUGAAUUCAAGAUUCCAAUCUUUGGCCUCGUGGAUGCCGACCCUCAUGGAAUAGAAAUCCUCUCCAUAUACAAGUUUGGGUCAAAGGCGCUCUCAUUUGAAGCUCACAACCUGACCGUACCAGCCAUCAAGUGGCUUGGUGUGCUGCCAUCUGACAUACAGAGGUUGAACGUUCCCAAUUCAGCCUUGAUUCCUCUGACCAAGCCUGAUGUUGAUAAGGCCAGAGAUCUGUUGAGGAGGCCAUACAUACUCCAGAAUCCAGUAUGGAAACAAGAGAUUGACAUCAUGCUGAGGAUGGGGCUGAAAGCAGAGAUCCAGUGUCUUGCGUCGAUAUCCAUGAACUUCCUGAGUGAGGUGUAUCUGCCAAACAAGGUGCGCUACGGUGGCUGGAUUUGAGAGAUGACACACAAUUGGCUGCUUAUGAUGAAGUAAUGAUACAUGUAGAUGUAAUGGGGGUUAGCACAAAAUGCUUGCCUUGGAAAAUGAUGACAAACAGUCAUUGUCAUAGCACCAACAUUCAGGAAUCACAAAAAAUGUUCAUCUGUAGCAAGAUAAAUUUGGCGGGAUUCCA